CUGAGAAGACUCUCAGUGCGAAGCGCGGCGGACCAGACCCAGGUCCUGGCUUCCGAGGCCCCGCCUCUCGAGUCGUGGGACUAAUCGGUUUGAGAGCGCGCGGUCCGGAGCCGCGAACUCUCCAAUUGUGGAGGGCGUCGGCCACCGCCCAAUCCGAAGCAGACAGGUGCGAGGUCCGGAAAGCAGAAACCAAUCAGCAGUGGUUGCGGCCUGUUGGGGCCGGGCUCGGCCAAUGAGGAGGUCCGAAUGACAUCUUUGCGCACCAAUCGGGAGUGAGAGAGCGUUUGUGCCCGUCCGCCCUUCCGGCCUGAGCUCUAUUUACUAGGGGCGUGCAGCCCGCCUGCCAAUCAGAGCGCAGCUGAGUGGCCAGGCAGCCAACCCCGGAGGAGCGGCCGGCCGACGUCCGCCGCACCCAGGAGUUGGGGAUGUCCUACAAACCCAUCGCCCCCGCCCCCAGCAGCACCCCGGGCUCCAGCACCCCUGGGCCCGGCACCCCAGUCCCUACAGCCGGAAGUGUCCCAUCGCCGUCGGGCUCGGUGCCGGGAGCCGCUGCCCCUUUCAGACCACUGUUUAACGACUUUGGACCGCCCUCCAUGGGCUAUGUGCAGGCAAUGAAGCCACCCGGCGCCCAGGGCUCGCAGAGCACCUACACGGACUUGCUGUCGGUCAUAGAGGAGAUGGGCAAAGAGAUCCGGCCCACCUAUGCUGGCAGCAAGAGCGCCAUGGAGCGCCUGAAGAGAGGCAUCAUCCAUGCCCGGGCCCUAGUCAGAGAGUGCCUGGCAGAGACAGAGCGGAACGCCCGCACGUAACAGGAAGCAUCUCCGCCUCCGAGUCUGGACCUUUCCCGGCCACUGCAGGGCACCUGCUUCUCCCUGGCCUUCACCCUGAGUUGCACUUCCUGUCCUGUGUCCCUUGGUGGGUGCCCUCCAGGAACCAGGGGUGGCUCUCACUCCAGUCAGCAGCACUAACUUGAGACCCCUGGAACACUUAGCAGCGAGGUCACUGUGAGUCCCACUCAUGAGCUGCCAUCGGUGUUGAUCCAACUGGAGCUUUCUUCUUUCUGUGGCUCCCACCACUCAGCAAUUACCCAGGACUUCGCACCACUUUGUCCCAGAUCCUUCUCCCCCAGCAGGGCCUCAGAAGGCCUGUCACCUCCCUGCCUUGUCUCCUGGGCCAUAGCCUCUCUUUUCUCAGUGUGUCUUUUGCUAAACUUGCCC